AUGCAGGGCAAGAACCUGCUCCUUCGUGUGGCCACCCUGCUGACCGGGCUGCUGGAAUGCCUCGGCUUUGCGGGCGUCCUCUUCGGCUGGGCAUCCCUGGUGUUUGUCUUCAAGACAGAACAUUACUUUGAGGAGCUGUGUGAAUCGCAGGCCAAUCUGACAGGCAAUGUCACGGAGCAGGCUGACUGCAAGGCCCAGGACGAGCGGUUCUCCCUCAUCUUCACCCUGGCAUCCUUCAUGAACAACUUCAUGACAUUUCCCACCGGCUACAUCUUCGACCGUUUCAAGACCACUGUGGCCCGCCUCAUAGCCAUAUUUCUCUACACCAGCGCCACGCUCACCAUAGCCUUCACCUCCGCAGACUCAGCCCCGCUGCUCUUCCUGGCCAUGCCUAUGCUCACUGUGGGAGGAAUCCUGUUUCUGAUCACCAACCUACAGAUCGGGAACCUAUUUGGCAAACACCGUUCCACCAUCAUCACCCUCUACAAUGGAGCCUUCGACUCUUCCUCGUCCGUCUUUCUUAUCAUUAAGCUCCUUUAUGAACAAGGCAUCAGCCUCAAGGCCUCCUUCAUCUUCAUCUCUGUCUGCAGUGCCUGGCAUGUUGGGCGUACUUUCCUCCUGAUGCCCCAGGGGCACGUCCCCUACCCGCUGCCCCCCAACUACAGCUAUGGCCUGUGCUCUGAGGAUGGCCCCAGAGAGGCAGAGGAGAGUAACACUGAGUCCCGAAGGCUGGAGCUGAAGUCGAAAGAGUUCGUUUCACCAAAGGAAGAGAUCCCAGGACCAGGGAAGCAGCGGGAACCCCACUCUUUCUGGAGCUACGUUUUCUCUCAGCGCUUUGCCUGGCACCUGAUGUGGCUGUCCGUGAUACAGCUGUGGCACUACCUCUUCAUCGGCACCCUCAACUCUCUGCUGACCAACUUGGCCAGUGGGGACAGGGUACUCGUCAGCACCUACACGAAUGCCUUUGCCAUCACUCAGUUCUUUGGAGUGCUGUGUGCCCCCUGGAAUGGUCUGCUCAUGGACCGGCUAAAACAGAAGUACCAGGAGGAAGCAAGAAUGACUGGUUCCUCGGCCUCGGCGGCAGCCCUGCGCUCGGCAGUGCCUUCGCUGGCCCUGACAUCUCUGCUGUGCCUGGGCUUCGCCAUCUGUGCCUCAGUCCCCGUCCUCCCCCUCCAGUACGCCACCUUCGCCCUGCAAGUGAUCAGCCGCUCCUUCCUCUACGGGGGCAACGCUGCCUUCCUCACCCUCGCGUUCCCUUCGGAGCAUUUUGGGAAGCUUUUUGGGCUAGUGAUGGCCUUGUCGGCCAUCGUGUCUCUGCUCCAGUUCCCCAUCUUCACCCUCAUCAAAGGUCCCCUCCAGAAUGACCCGUUCUACGUGAAUGUGUUGCUGGUGCUUGUCACUCUUCUGACGUUCGUCCACCCCUUCCUGGUGUACCGGGAGUGCAGGCGGAAGGAAAGCUCCCCCGAGGUCGCCUAGUUCAGAAGCCCCCACUUUUCAGCCCCGAGGAUGUGUCAUGUUUCUCCACCUUUGAGGACCCGAAGCCCAGAAAGACUUUGUCCACCCAGGCUACUUGUGUUAAGUAGCCAUUCUUUUUUUUAAAAGCAAAAAAAAAAAGGACAUAUUUAACUGUUCGCCAAGACUCCUUAUCAGCAAGUCAAGAAGCGAAGGCACGAGGAAGUUCUCAGUAUCAGAGUAGGAAGCAUGUGGCCUGGGCAGUUGCAGGGUGAUGUGUUGAGGGGGAGGCCUGUCACCUACUUCUCCAGGCCUCCUUGUCCCUGAAGCCCGUGUGUGCGUGGGCCCUGUGCUGCUGGAUAAAUCUCCAGAGGAAGAGAGAUGUCACGGCCUCAGCCUUACCACCCAGCCUUCAGAAGUGGUACCCGGUGCUCCCUCAGAGGCUCCGCUGUGGUUGGAGGAUGGCCGUGCUCCUGGGGAGGAGGGGCAGGCAGGAUGGGGCUGGGGGCCUGGGCCUGAGUCCCAGCUCUGCCACUGAUGCUGGGUGACCUUGCGCUGACCCUUCUUGCUGAGCGUCAGCUUUGCCGUCUGUGAAAGGGGAGGGCUUUGGAGUUGGAGGCUCUUUCUGCAGUUCCUGUUCUAGAAGGUUUUAAGAACAGUGACAAAGAGUCUGGCCACCCGAGGGCCUUGGGAACCAGCUGGCCUGCUUGCCCAAAGGAUUUCUGAUGAAGCCUUUAGGGGUGUUUCCCUCCUCAAGGAGAGGGAAUGACUUUAUUUACUUGGGUGUUAUACAAAAAUGUCCUCUGGGGAAUAAUUGUAUAAUAUAUUGAUCAUAUAUUAAAUAAUUUUAUUAAAAAGAUAAAGCCUUUCUGCGUAA